AUGGACUUCUCAAACACCGCUUUCCGGGCUCCUCCAAAGGUGUCAGAAGAUACAAUGUCUCACGCGAACCUGGUCAUGGCUUGUCAGUGGGGUUGGACGAGCACACCUGACUCAGAACACGUCCAGCCUCUCACCUCAACCGCGCCACAGCUCGCACCAGCAACAUCAUUCAACAACAUACGCAGCAAACGUUUUGCACCAUGCCAGGGCCGUCUCUAUCAUCAGCUCCUUUGCUCGCAUCGCGUACGGACCGAUCUCGUCGAAGACUGCGGCAUUAACUGCGUUGAGCCCUUUGGGACUUCCACGGGCCCUGCGUUUGUCUGCAAUGAAUGCAUCCAAAAGGAGGCUAUCGACAUCUGGGAACAGCGAAAGGUACAACACGGGGCCUCUUACCCUCCUAUCGAUCAAAUGUCCAAAGAGCAGUAUGACCUGUUCUUCGAGGAGCGCCGAGCACUCGAAGCGGAAUUUGCGCGAGAUCACAAGCUCUACGAGAUGGAGCUGAAGACGAAUCUACGGCCAACCAACAUCUGUUCCGCGCAAGAAGCAAGCAGAGAAGAGACAGAAUUCGCAGCUGAACUGGACUCUUUAUCCCUGGCGAUGAUGACUUCUGGCGAUGGAGCAGGUCAGCCUCAUUUUGCGCAAAGUCGCGGUCGCUCAAGCCUACCAAGCGACGCGUCCGAGCAGCUGCACUGGACCCUGAACUCGCUCGCAAUAGAUCGUGGCUCAUGUGGCAUCGAAUAUUCUACCUCACAGUCAGCGAAUGGUAAGCCUGCAAGGCGGCGCUUGAACGAGGAAGAGCUCUGGAAGAAACCACGGGAGUGA